GCACGGCUUACGUCCUUUGCGCAAGGGAAGACGAAGGCGAUGAGGAAGACGCCGUGACCCUCUCGCCAAGCUGGGAUUGGGGCGGCUUUUACACCAAGGACUGGAUCCGGUUCUCCUCUCUAUGCCUUCGUAGCAGAGAGGGCGGGUGGGCGCCGGAGGUGCCACUCUGUUGGCCCACCCCUCCUUGCCCUUCUAUAACCUCCAUGGAACUGGCCCGGAGCCCUUAAUUCAUCUGCGGAAAGGGUCAGCCUCCCACAGCCUUGAAGGAUGUAACCGGCACCCCUGUGAAGCUGGGGGCAGCUCCUCCGCCUAAGCGAGUGAGGCUCUGCUGAUGCCCGGCUGGAAAUGACUCCCUCCUAGCCGAAUCGGGGACACCCCCCCACACACACACCCCAGCCUGCAACACUCAAGAUGGAGAAAGUCCUCAGCAACCUCAGUGUGGUCGUGCCGGCUUCCCGCCUCACGCCUGCCUUCCCGCCCGCGGUCAAGGUUGGGCUCACGGCGUUGUACACGGCGCUGUACGCCUUGCUUUUCCUCUCGGUCUACGCCCAACUCUGGCUGGUUCUCUUCUAUCGCCACAAGAAGUUCAGCUACCAGACUGUCUUCCUCUUCCUCUGCCUCCUCUGGGCCGCCCUGCGCACCACCCUCUUCUCCUUCUACUUCAGAAACACCCUCAAGGCCAACCACUUGGGUCCUUUCUUCUUCUGGCUUCUCUACUGCUGCCCGGUCUGCCUGCAGUUCUUCACCUUGACCCUCAUGAACCUGUAUUUUGCCCAGGUGGUUUUCAAGGCCAAAGCAAAAUACCGCCCUGAACUGACCAGAGGCCUGUUGGCAGUGCGGGGGGCAUGCUUGGGCGCCAGCCUCCUCUUCCUGGUGGUGAACGUGGCAUGUGCCGUGCUAGUGCGGGCACGCCGGGCAGAGCCCUGGGCUGUGGUUCUGGCACGGGUCCUCAUCAACGACUCGCUGUUUGUGUUGGGGGCUGUCUCUCUUGCGCUGUGUCUCUGCCUCGUGGCCCGUGGCUCCCCUUCCACACGGAUCUAUCUGGAAGCCAAGGGCACCACCCUGUGUCAAACAGCUGCCAUGGGUGGCACCAUCGUCUUGCUGUACGCCAGCCGAGCAUGCUACAACCUGGCAGCCCUGGCUCUCUCUUCCCGCACCCGUCUUGACUCUUUUGACUAUGACUGGUACAACGUAUCGGACCAGGCGGAUCUAAUCACAGACCUGGGAGACCAAGGAUACAUCGUCUUUGGCCUCAUCCUCUUCAUCUGGGAACUGCUGCCCACUGCAUUGCUGGUGGGAUUCUUCCGGGUGCAUCGGCCUGCUCAGGAUAUGAGUGCCAGCCGUGUCUUCAACCGGCAGCUUGGAGUCUCCCGUUCCUAUUUCUUUGACCACCCUGGACAGCGUGAUAGUGAAGGACUGACCAGCAGCCUGACGGGACGGCUGGGCAGCGGAAGCUGGUAUGGCUCCAUCAACCACAGCAGCGAGCAGGAUUGGUUUGGGGGUCACCCUCCCACGGCCCCCCUUCUCUUCUCGCAAGCGGCGGUUUCCGGCAGCCACCACCACAGCCUCUACUCCACCCCGCAGAACUGAGGAAUGUGGGAGGGUUGCAGGGGGGGGACCAGAAGCCUGGGGGUGGCAGGGAGGGGGAUCCUUACCGAUGCUGGAAGUCGGCCAGUGCAGAGGCACAGAGUGUUAUAGCCACAGCCCCUUCCCCAAAUUGUGUAGUCAGGAAAUCCAGUUUUUUCCUUAGCCGUGGGGCUGGUUGGUCAUUUGCUGGCACUUUGGGUCCCAAUGCUUGAACCACAUGCCUCCCUCCCGUGCCCACUGCCGCCUCCUGAAUAACAAUAGUAAACUUAGAACUCUGGCACUUUAUUUGAAGGGGGUUGGGGGGGUGGGGUUUUAUCUGUGAUGUCAUUGUUUAAAUAGAAUUCUGGCACAGCUGGGGUGGGGUUUUUCUCUCCUUCCCCUUCCUCCGCCCCAUGAGCCAGAGCUGCAGUGUUUGGGAGUACCCUUUGUCCUAUGCUAGACUCGCUGCAGUUUCGGUGCUGAUUCCAUUCCCCUCCCCCCUUACAAUACAGUCUGUUUGUGUU